UUAAAGCAAAAUGUAUGCAAUGAAGUGCCUGGACAAGAAAAGAAUUAAAUUAAAACAGGGAGAAACACUAGCUUUAAAUGAAAGAAUAAUGCUCAGUUUGGUUAGCACGGGACAAGACUGUCCUUUUAUUGUUAGCAUGUCAUACGCCUUUCAAACGCCAGACAAACUUUGUUUUAUUUUGGAUUUAAUGAAUGGCGGCGAUUUGCAUUAUCAUCUUUCUCAACACGGGGUUUUUAGUGAAUCUGAAGUUAUUUUUUAUGCAGCCGAAGUUAUCCUUGGCCUUGAACAUAUGCAUAAUAGAACAGUCGUCUACAGGGAUUUAAAACCAGCAAAUAUACUUUUAGACGAGAAUGGUCAUGUUAGGGUCAGCGAUUUGGGUUUAGCCUGUGACUACUCUAAAAAGAAACCUCACGCAAGUGUUGGCACUCACGGCUAUAUGGUAAAUUUUAUUAACAACAAACAAAUUUGUCACGUUAUUUAA